AACGUCACAUUCCUGCAUUCUCAUCCCUGCGAGCGCGAGCGUGUGUGUGUGUGUGUGAGAGAGAGAGAGGGACGCAGGCUAAUCUCUCCCUCCCGGACACGUCUCUGUCCACGGGAAACACUCAUGACCGGGCGGAUUUAACCCCGGAGGACACCCGGCGAUCCCCGCAGGCCCGAUCGCAGAUCUCGGCUCCCCUCUCUCCCUCCCUCCCCUCACUGGGCUGGUUGCCAUGGAGAGCUCAUCAGUAGCGUCAGCGUCGUCAGAGGCAGGAAGCACGCGCUCGCAGGAGAUCGAGGAGCUGGAGCGCUUCAUCGACAGCUACGUGCUGGAGUACCAGGUGCAGGGACUCCUGAGCGACAAAAACGAAACCGACCAGGAUGUGGACAAGACACCGUCCCACACCUCACAGUGGACAGUAGACUGCAGUGAUAAGAUUGACGGGAGCUGGUCGUCCUCACGGGGCAGGGGUCCGUCCAAACCAGAUGAUUGGGAGCACAGCAGUAAUGACAGCACCGGUUCUAGACCCAGUUCUGGUUCUCGACCCGGUUCUGGUUCUAGAUCGGGCAGCAGAGGACGAAACAACCAGUUCAGAGCCCCAGCGAAGAAUGGAAACAGAGACUGUUCUUUCGACGUUCUGGGGACGGACAUUUGGGCUGCAAACCUGGACUGUCAUGGAGGCGCUACGUGGGACAUGCAGCCGGAGAAACUGGAUUUCUCUCAGUUUCACAGGAGGCCGUACAGAGGGACACCAAAACACCUCCCGCACAUCGACCGAGAGGGGAUGAUAAAGGGCAAAUUUGACGAUGAUGAUGGUAUUGACCUGGACAACAUGGAGAAAUUCCUGCCCAGCCUGCCGGUUUUUCCUCCUCUGCCUAAUGAAGCUGAGAUCGCACACACGAAAAAACUGUUUCGUCGCCGCAGAAAUGACCGCCGCCGAUCAGAUCCGCCCCAGGACCAGCUGACGGUGCUACUGCCAGCCGAGGGGAAGCGGCAAGUGUCCAGGAGACAGCAGCGCUUGCCUGGAGUAGUAGUAGGAGGAGGAGGGGCUGCUGGGAAAUCCCAGAAUCCUCAGCAGCAGCAGCAGGGAUUACAGCAGCAGCAGCAGCAGCCCAAUCAGAUGCAGCAGCCCAACACAGACCACCAAUCAGGUGCCGGCACUAAGCACGGGGGGCGGGGUUACCAGGGCCAGCAGAACCAGGGCGGGCGGCAAGGCGGCCCGCAUCACGGCUACAGCCAGAACCGCCGCUGGCAUCAGCAUCCCAAACACCUGACGAACUGUUUUAAUCAGGGCCCCUCGGGGGCCGACAGGGGCUUCACACGCAAUACCAAAGAGACAGAGAAUGUAAAACAUGAGGAGCCGGUGCCCCAUAUGGAGAAAGGAGCAAAGGAUGAGCCUGCGAAAGAGGAGAGAAAGAAAGGAGACAAGGAGGAGAAGACGGAGAGCGGGAAGAUCUGCUUACUGCAGUCGUCUAAAGAGAGACUGAGGAGGAGAUUGAAAGAGAAGGAGGAAGUUCCCGUGGCGAUGGCCGGACCUCAGCGGAACCGAAUGGACAGAUUGUUAGAGAUUCUGAACAGCAUGAGGAACAACAGCAGCGGCGUGGAGAAUCAGCUCACCACGUUCAUGGAGGAGGCGCAAAACUCGGCUGAUUCGGAGGAGACGCUGAACGAGAUCGUCCACACGAUUUACCGCAAGGCGGUCAGCGACCGAAGUUUUGCGGCCACGGCAGCCAAACUCUGUGACAAGAUGGCUCUGUUCAUGGUGGAAGGAACCAAAUUCCGCUCUCUGUUACUCAACAUGUUACAGAGGGACUUCACGCGGCGUGAGGAGCUGCAGCAGACGGAUGUGGAGUGCUGGCUGGGCUUCAUCACGUUUCUGUGUGAAGUGUUCGGCACCAUGAGGAGCAGCGCUGGUGAGCCGUUCAGAGUGCUGGUCUGCCCCAUAUACUCCUGCCUGAGAGAGCUGCUGGAGUCUCCGGAGGUGAAGGAGGACGCGGUGCUCUGCUGUUCGAUGGAGCUCCAGAGCACCGGCCGGUUAUUGGAGGAGCAGCUUCCUGAAAUGAUGACGGAGCUGCUGGCGGCCGUGCGGGAUAAGAUGCUGUGUCCAUCUGAGUCUCAGCUGACGCGCUCGCUCCUGAUGGAGGUCAUCGAGCUCCACGCUCACCACUGGAGCCCGCUGGAGGCGCUGACCACCGCCUACUACAACAGAACCAUCCAGAAGCUCACCGCGUGACGCACACGCACCGCUGGAGGCCCUGACCACUGCGAACCACAACACAACCAUCCAGAAACUCAUUAAGAGACACGCAAACCAACCACUAGAGGCCACGGACACACUACAACACACACAAGCUUUCUGUAACAGGAUAGAAUCGGGCGUGGAUGGAUGAGACAUGAGGCAUUAUGGGAUAUGGGGUUGGCCCAGGGGUCAGAGGUCAGAGGGUAAAAUAUGCAGAUUGAAAUGAAUAUGUAUAUGUUCACACUUCACAUCUACAUAUUCAUGAGGUGAGCCAGACGUGCAGACGUGAAACCAGACAGUCAUUAGACGCACGCGUGCAGACGCCAGUCACUGUCUGUCACGCUUUGCAGACUAAACCUCCACAGAAAGACAGCGCAGAAGAAAAUAAAUACAAACGUAAAAAAAAAAAAAAAAUCAAAAGAAAAAUUUUAUUUUGCUUUAAAAAUGAAGCCUAUAUUUUAUAUUGUCAUUAUUUUCACAAUUACACACAUUCCAACCCCCCCCCCCCAAAAAAAAUUACAUUAUCACGAUGCAAAAAUACAAUUGAAUUACUAAAUCAUUAUAUUUUGCAUAAUUAUAAAAAUUAAGAGAUUUUUAUUUUUUUGCAUUGUAUCAUUUUCAUUAGUUAGUCACAUUUCCACCCCAAACUCUAUCAUGAUGCAUAACUACUUUUAUUACUACAAUUACAAUUUAAUUAAUACAUUAUUAUUUUGCAUUAACAAUGAUCAUUUUCAGAAUGAGAUUAAUUUAAUUUAAUUUUGUAUUUUUACUUCUUCCUGACAAUUAAGCACAUCCUCCUUAACCAAAAUUGAUCAUGAUGCAUAAAUACUUUACAUUUUAAUUAAUAAAUAAAUAAAUGUUUUUUGCAUUUAAGUAAUGAUGAUCAUUUUGAGAAUGAAAUUAUUUUUAUUAAAUGUUUUAAAUUGAACUCAAUUUUGUAUUUUCACAACCAUUCAAUAAGCACCAAAAAACACCCUCAUAAAUGUUAAAAUUUUAUUAAUUCAUUUUUGCAUUAAUGAUAUACUUUUUUUUUUUGGAGAGUUUGGGUUACAAAUAUGCUUAAUACUCAUGAGAAUUGACACAGUUCCUUGUUCCUGAAAAUAUUAAGCAAAAAAAUUAAUUUCUCAAAGAUUUUCUUUUCUUUUUUCUGUUUUUAUUAUUUAAUUUUUUGCAUUAUUUUCAUGAUAGUUAAGCACUCACCUAAAAAUGUUUUUAUUUUUUAUUUUUUUUACUUUUGUUUUUUAUGCAUGAUUUUUAAAUGUAUUUUAAUUAACCAUUUUUGGGGGUAAUUGUAGGUAUGUGCUUAAUAUUCAUGGAAAUAAUGCCAAUGUGCACAAAGACUUAAUG